AUGUUUGAUCAAAACAAUAAGCAGCUUGAUGAGGAAGAAUGGAAAAAAAUAUUCAAAAAAGACUUGGAAUCAGCAAUUUUAAAAUGCUUAAAUAGAGGAUUAAUUCAUACCGCCAAAUGGUUGUCGGAAUUAAAUUUUACUUUGAAAGAUGUAAAAUGUGAUAAUGACGACUCUAGUAUCAUAUCUGAAACAAGUGAAAAUGAAAAAGAAUGUUAUUUCAUGUGUAAAUGCUACUUUGAUUUAAAGGAAUAUGACAGAUGUGCCUACUUUACAGAAAAAUGUGAAAGCCCUUGUGCAAAAUUCUUACAUUAUUACUCAAGAUAUAUGGCCUUUGAAAAAAAAAGAGUAGAAGACAUGACCGAGCAAACUUGCCUUUUAGAUUCAUCUCAAACAGCUGUAAUAAAUUCAUUGCAAAAUGAAUUGGCUAAAGAGAGAACGAAAAAUAAUUUGGAUGGUUUUUGUUGUUAUUUAUAUGGGAUUCUGUGUAAGCGAUUAAACCUUCAAGAUGAAGCGAUUGAUGCACUUUGUGAAGCGAUAAGAAAAGAACCUUUAAAUUGGGGAGCAUGGAAGGAAUUAACUGGAUUAAUUGAUGAUGUCAGAAUAGUCAAAACACUUAAUAUACCACAUUCUCAUUGGAUGAAGUACUUUUUUUUAGGUCACUUAUACUUAGAUCAUCAGAUGAAUCAGGCUGCCAUUCAGUUGUAUUGGUCUCUUCGAGAAAAAGGUUUGCAAGAAAGUAGAUAUAUACAAGCUCAAUUAGCUAUAUGUUAUCAUAAUCAUAGAAUUGUAGAAAAAGCUAUAGCAGAGUUUUCUGCACUGCAAGCUGCAGACCCUUAUAGAUUAGAUAAUUUAGAUAUAUACUCUAAUUUAUUAUAUAUUAAAGAGAAAAAAGCCUUAUUAUCACAUUUAGCUCACAGAGCUUGUGAAAUAGACAAAUACAGAGUUGAAACUUGUUGUAUUGUUGGAAAUUUAUACAGUUUGAGGGCAGAACAUCAAAAAGCUGUUGUAUAUUUUCAAAGAGCUCUUAAAAUUAAUCCUCAAUAUUUAUGUGCAUGGACACUCAUGGGACAUGAAUAUAUGGAAAUGAAGAAUUCUAGUGCUGCUAUUCAAAGCUACAGACAAGCCAUUGAAGCUAACAGACGAGAUUAUAGAGCAUGGUAUGGUUUGGGUCAAACCUAUGAAAUUUUAAGAAUGCCAUCAUAUUGUUUAUAUUAUUAUCAGCAAGCUCAGCUUUUGCAACCUAAUGAUUCUAGAAUGUUACUUGCUGUAGGGGAAAUAUUUGAAAAAUUAGGACAAAAUGAAAAUGCUAUUAGAAGUUAUAAAUUGGCUAGAAAUGUAGGAGACAUUGAAGGAACUGCCUUGAUAAAGUUAGCUAAAUUAAUGCAAAAAUUAGGAAUAGCAGAUGUUGCUGCGGGAUUGUAUAAAGAGUAUGUAGCUGAUUGUGAAACAAGAGAAACUUGUGACAAAGGAGAAUUAUGCAGGGCUUAUAAAUUUUUGGCAAUUCAUUGCUUAAGAUAUCAAGAAUUACAAGAUGCCUAUCAGUAUGCUCAAAAAUGUCUUUUGUACGAAGAAACAAAAGAAGAAGCAAAAUCAUUGCUACGAGAUAUUGCAGUUAUGCAAAAGAAUCCUCAAGAAGAACAAGAAACAUCAAUGGAAGAAGAAAAUUCAGAUUCUAGAAGAGUAUUGUUUUACGAUUCAGAUUUGCUUUGGGAUAAUCAUGAUUCUUCAAAUCCAAAUACAACUUCUUAA